UUACCAAAUACAUUGUACAUUGAUUUUCAUUCCGAAUUGGACAUUGUCAUUGGUUUCGGAAAGAAUGGCUGAUUCAAAAUUUGUCACGUUCAACAAUGGACAAAAAUAUCCAAAUCUUGGUCUUGGUACUUGGCAAUCACCACCUGAUGGUUCCGUUUAUCGUGCCGUGAAAGGUGCAUUAGAAAAUGGAUAUCGUCAUCUGGAUUGUGCAUACAUCUAUCAGAAUCAAGAAGAGAUUGGUAAAGCUAUCACCGAAUGCAUUGAAGCAGACGUGUUAAAACGAGAAGAAUUGUAUGUAACAUCUAAAAUUUGGCUAACUUUUUAUCGCAAAGAUCGUGUGCCAAUUUGUUUGGAUAAAAUUCUCAAACAAUUACAGCUCAAAUACAUGGACUUGAUUUUAUUGCAUUGGCCAAUGAGUUUUGAACAAACAGAUGAUUCAUUAUUUCCUAAAGAUUCAAAUGACAAAUUAAUUGAUGGAAAAGUCGAUUUUAUUGAAGCCUAUCAAGCAUUAGAAUCAUUAGUCGAUCAAGGUUUGAUCAAAUCGAUUGGAAUUUCAAAUUUCAAUGUAGAACAAGUUGAACGACUUUUGAAAGUCGCUCGAAUUAAACCGGUGGUUAAUCAAGUUGAAUGCCAUCCAUAUUUGAAUCAGGAAAAAUUGCGAAAAUUCUGUGCCGAUCAAGGCAUUAUUUUGACUGCCUAUUCACCAUUGGGUAAUCCCGGUUCGACUUAUUUUCCCGAUGAGAAGAAAAAAGAUUUGCUCAACGAUCCUGUUAUUGUUCGUUUAGCUCAAAAAUAUAAGAAAAAUUCCGGCCAAAUUCUGAUCCGUUUUGCUAUCGAUCGUGGCUUUAUCGUCAUACCAAAAAGUGUUCGCCUCGAACGUAUCAUUUCCAACCUACAAGUGUAUGAUUUUAAAUUGACCGAUGAAGAUCUUAAAGAAUUGAUGUCAUUGGAUCAAAAUUAUCGUACUUGUCCAUUUUCGUUGGGUCCACAUUUGACCAAUUAUCCUUUUUGAAAAAGUGCUCAAUCCUUUUAAAAUUACAUUUGAAACUGAAAUGGGAAUAAAAAUUUAAUUCAAACAUUAA